AUGUGUUGUGACUACAGUUCCGAAUUCUUGUUGCGCAAAAUUCUCGAUGUGCUAGAGCAGUCAACCAUUGCUAAGAAACCACUCCCGUCGGAUGACUGGAAUGGUUUUUGGGAUGUAUACGAUCAGGAAGCAGAAGAGUUCGACAAAUCAUUCGUCGAGAGAUAUCUCUCGGAUUUGGGCAAUAGUCUAAUUUUCGCGGGUCUUUUUUCGGCCGUCAGUGCCACUUUCUUAGGGAUAAUGCUCCCUAACCUGAGCCCCGAUCCCAGCGAUACGACAAAUGCCUUAUUAAUGAUGAUAUACCAUCAACUCAAUAACACCGCAUUCCCAGGGCAAGUCCCGAGCCUUCCCUCGUGGGAUGGCCCCCCUUGGAUUAUCAUCUGGACCCAGACCCUUUUGUAUGCUAGUCUCUCAACCAGCCUUCUGGCUGCUCUUGGAGCCGUCUUGGGACAGAAGUGG